AUGGCGUUGCCACGUAUCCUGGAACCAGAGGAAGAAGGAAUUGUGAGUCCGUUUGAACUCAAAGUCAGACACCUCCUAUCACUCACUUUCCGAUUCAUUUUGGCAGUUUUCAUGGCGUCUCAUUUAUUUGAUUUCAUGUUUUCAAGUAUAUGGAUGCAUGGAUAUGUCUGGACACUCAACCUUCCAAUUGAUCUGGAUAUGACUGAUAAACCAGCUGGUGCUCUUGUCAGACAUCAAUUGGAUAAUAUGGGAAAUUACGAGAGAACAAUUCAAGCUGUUCUCAUUGUAAUGGCAGUUGUUAUGCUUUUACUAGCGCAAGGAUUCACGGCAAUUCCUGGAAAAACAACGUGGCAAUUGUUUCGAACAUCAAGCAUUGUUGGAUUGAUUUGUGGAUUUGUUAGGCCUGUUCAGCUGCAACAAAGGUUUUUCUCAAGUCUACACGAAGGAUUCUACUGUUACUUUUUAUUUUUCAUAAUUGCUUUCAUUCUGACCAUCCGAUUCGAUGAGAAACUACCAAAGGCAACGCCAGAAGUAAAAGAUUCUUCGAAUGAAUCAGAGAAGAAAACUAAUUAG